UCCUUUUGGAACUAAAGCUUCUCCAGCCAAAAGCUAACAGCAGAGUAAACAACUUAGAUAGGAGUAGAAGAUUCGUAGUACGCUGUUAGAUUUUGGCAGGGGGAAGUAAUGAUUCUCUAUAUAGAAAUACUCCAUCGAUAUAAAAAUAGACGAUCACAAAAAAAAAUAGAAAAAGAAAAGAAAAAUAAGGACAACGUAGUAGUCCCACUCCCACUGGGUUGCCUCGGCUCAUCGCCUCGAACGAUCACCGCGGCGCUUCUCCGAUCUGCCCGCCAGCCUUCUCCCUCGUCCAUCACCAUGGCGACCCACGUUCCCGGAUCCCUAUUCUCGUUCCUCGUCGUUCUCCUCUUCUCCUGCGCCCUGACCGCCGGCGCUCUGCGGUUCGACCUGUACUCGGGCCACACAAAGUGCAUCUCCGACGACAUCAAGGUCGGCGCCAUGGCCGUCGGCAAGUACCACAUCGUGCAGCCCGAGGACUCCUCUCAGCUCCCGGACCCCCAACGCAUCUCGCUGCGGGUCACCUCGCCCUACGGCAACAGCCUGCACUACUCGGAGAACGUGCAGUCGGGCAAUUUCGCCUUCACGGCGUCCGAGGCCGGGGACUACCUCGCCUGCUUCUGGGCGCCCGACUUCCGCCCGCCCUCCACCGUCGCCUUCGAGUUCGACUGGCGCGGCGGCGUCGCCGCCAAGGACUGGAGCACCGUCGCCAAGAAGGGCCAGGUCGAUAUAAUGGAACUUGAGCUCAAGAAACUUGAGGAUACCAUCAAAUCUAUCCAUGAAGAAAUGUUCUAUCUUCGUGAAAGGGAGGAGGAGAUGCAGGAACUGAACUGGAGAACCAACUCACGGAUGGCUUGGCUUAGUUUCCUCUCACUUGGUAUCUGCUUACCAGUGGCAGCGUUGCAGUUGUGGCAUCUGAAGAACUUCUUUGAGAGAAAGAAGCUGCUAUGAUUUCUCUACGACUAAGAACAUUUUGGCACAAAUUUUUCUUCACAUCUAAGCAUAAUUUCCUUUUUCUUUUUUUUAAUGAUUUUAUCCUUGGGUGCGUACUAGGUGCAAAAAAUUCUGUAAGUAGCAAUAUGUAAGGCAGCAAGCUGCGAAAUACUUAUUUCCAGUUUGUAGCCCAGCUUACAUAGGUGCAGAAUUUUGGUUAAAAAAAACAGUACAUAGGUGUAUAAUUCAGAGCAGACGUCAAGUUUUAUUUUUCUUUGUUUGUGAAGUGUAAACUACUCCCUCCGAUCAAGUGUUUUUCCAAUCAAGAAGAAUAAAUUGACUAGGACAAA